AAUUACAGAGAGCUAAAGUUCAUUCUGUCUACUGUCACUGCAAGUAUGAGCAGAGGCCGCCUGCAGCUUAUUCAGCAGCACCUACACGGGACACCGGCAAGGGAGCAGUGCCAUCUGGGGGUUGCUCAAUCAUUACCAGGAAGUAAAGGAGGAUUUUUCCAAAGCUGAAUGCGAGAGUGUGCGGGGAUGUCGGCAGCUAGUGUCAGUCAGCUAACAACUCAUGUCCUGAACGUUUCAGAGGGGAUCCCUGCUAAGGGUCUAACACUGAGCCUGUCAAGGCAUGAUGUCUCCCAAGGGAAAUGGUUGCAACUAAGUAGAAGUGUUACUAAUGAAGAUGGCCGCUGCCCAGGGCUCUUGCGUGGAGAGGGUUUAUGUGCAGGCACUUACCAGCUGCGCUUUGAUACUGGGGAUUACUGGAAGCAAAUGCACAAGGAAAGCUUCUACCCUUAUGUUGAGAUCGUAUUUACCAUCACAGACCAGAAGCAGAAAUACCACGUGCCUCUGCUGCUCAGUCCCUUUUCUUACACCACCUACAGGGGCAGUUAAGGAGCUACUCUUCCUAUGAUGUCUUGCAGAUAUUUCAGUAUUAACCAGCAUUGACUAAGCUGAAUCCAAAAUAACUCCAAGUAUUUUUGAGCUAUAUUUCUUCAAAUAAAAUACAAGCUUUCAUUGUUA